CCGCACGACGCCUCGCAGCAGCCACCGCCCCGCUCCCCGCGCAGCAACAUGGCCCGCCUGACCACGAUGAUGCUGGUGUUGGUGACGGCGCUGCUGGCGCUCCUGGCGGCGAGUGCGCGAGGCGCAGCGAGGCCCGACAGCGCGGGCAUUGUCGAGAUGGUCAAUGGCCUCGCCUACGGAGCGACCAACCGACCGGGCGGGCGGCGUGGGAUGUGGGGCGUCGCGGCGCCGGCGGCGGAGGGCGCGGCGCGGCGUCGCGCGGGAGAAAGUGGUGUGGAGGAGAAGGAAGGUGAAGGUGAAGGUGCGGGCGGUGAAUCAGGCGCCGCCGCCUCCGAAGGCGGCAUCCCGUACGGCAGCGUGACGGGGCGCGUGGCCGAGUACUACCGUUCGCGCGGGGACCCGCUCGGUAACUCCCUGCUGGACGACCUGCUGCAGGUCAACAACCAGGUGCUCAUCCUGUAGGCAGCCCGCGCCUGCAGCCGCCUCGCCGCCCGCACUCUCGCCCUCUGCUCGCAGCGACCGCUACGUUGCCCGCUACACAAGCAUCAGUCAGCCUUCUGCCCUCGCGAGGAUCGUCCUAUGAGGAUGCGUUGUGGAGGGGCUGGUAGUACUCGUCCUGUCCUGCGAAGGAAGUGCAAGACCACAAGUUGGCGGCGAACAAAGUGCUCAUAAUGGUCCAAUCGGCGUUGGCGGUGGCGGCGGCGGCCGGCGGCUUCAACGACUUUU